AUGGCGGACUCAGGCAGUUCGUCGACCGGAAGAAGGACUGUCACAAAAUCUCAAUUCUUUGCACAGCUGAGCUUGGACGAGGAGAGUGAUGAACACCGACGUAUCUUUGUAUACAUGCAGCAAGAGGCUUCGGCUGGCUGCAGGAGAUUGUUAGCUCCUGGUCGUCACGACUCCGCGGAUCAUGUUGAUGAGAUUGGAUUUCGACAAGAAGUCUUGCAAAUAUACCAGGCAGCAAGACCGGAGACUCGACGACUGUACGAUUUGGGUGUUGUCACCGGGCCCGAUGGCAUAGCCAACGACAACUGGGUGGUGAGGUGGAUACUUUGGCAAACAAUGCAUCAGCCCAAUGGCUAUUAA